AUGAGCUACAGGGGGGGCCGCCCCUCUGAUAGAGAAAGAGAAAGAGAUAGAGAUAGAGACAGAGACAGAGACAGAGACAGAGACAGAGACAGAGAUAGAGAGAGAGAUAGAGAGAGAGAUAGGGAUAGGGAUAGGGAUAGAGACAGAGAUAGAGAUAGAGAGAGAGAAAGAGAAAGAGAAAGAGAGAGAGAUCUAUGGGCGAGAGGAAGACACAGAGGGACGGGGGGAUCAUCAAGAUACAGCGUCGGCGUGAGCGCAGCAGCAGCAGCGAAUCAGAGGCACCUGCUGCAGCAGGAGGACCAGCAGCAGCAGCAGCAGCAGCAGCAGCAGCAGCAGCAGCAGCAGGAGAAAUAA